AUGUCCGGUACACGAUCAAACGGACCUUGCAGUCGACAGAUGGAAGAUAUCCGCGGAUGUCGGACUUCCGCCGUUGCGGAGAGAACCGUUCUGGUCGUCCCCGGAGCUCAGCGUUCAGUAGCCUCUGUACGGCUAAUCAAAAACCAUCUCAUCGGAACUCCCGCAGACACCUGCACCGCGAUCGUAGAAAAUCCGUGUGAAAGAGGUCGAGGCAGGGGCGAACGCAGGAAAAAAUUUCGCGGGGGGUUUUGA